AUGAUAGUGACUGCCCAUAAUCCUCCUGGAAUUCCAGUUCAACAUCUAGAUGAAACUUCAGGCAUAUCUUCUACUAAACGUUCACGAAGAAAACAAGGUAAUCAAAAAGAGUGGACUAGAAACAAGGCUAUGAUGGCAAGAGAAAAAGGUUCAUCAUAUUUCAGUAAACAACGAGUAAAAAACAAGGGUUUUAUUGGUUACAAAAAGCGACCAACAAGAGUACUAGGAUCACCACGAAAAGGACUCUGGUUUUGCAUUAAUAAAAUUGUAUCUUUGGAAGUAAAUAUUAAUCGAUAUGAAAUUGGAAAUGGUUCAUCUUAUAUUAAACUCACAGAGUCUAUUCAAAAAAAGCGUGCUUGUAUUAAGGUAUGGAUUGACUUGAAAAAUAAAGUGAAAAAGAAGGAUAGUGUCAUAAGAAAUAGCAGGACGCAGACAGGAGGAGGUCCUCCUUUAAAAGGAAUCUUAACUGACCUAGAGGAAAGGAUUAUAAGGAUAAUUGGGGACACUGCCAUAUAUGGAUUAAGCAGCUCAAGGGAUGAUCCUUUGGACAGCGAGGAUGUGAAUGAACCCUCAGAGACAGUUGACGUAAAUUAUGACCACGAAGCAUCAAGCAGCACCAUUACUGCUGGUGUAUCAGACAGCGAACCAGAUACACCAGAAAACCCAAGAAAGCGCAGGCUGUUAAGUGCUGGCAGUUCAAGUAGCUACUAUGAGGUUUCCCCUAGAGCUACUAAAAGUAGGAAAGUUCAUCCAGCAACAUCUGCAGCACAAGCAGCAACAAGGUUUGCUGAAAUUGGUGAAGAGUUGAACCAGAGAAUGGAGUCAAUCGAUCAAAAACUAGAACAACUGAUCGAAGAGAAAAAAAGAAACUAA